CUUUUACCAACGUUCUGCACAUUUUUGAGUUCUAAAAUUCUCUUUUUUUAUUAUUUUUGGUUUAUUUCCAUUAAUUUUGGAUUUCUCAAUUUCUAGCGCGAGCUAUUUUCAUGGUUUACUCAGAACAAAAUGACCAGAUUCAGCUUAGUGAGAUUUCACACUUAGGGCCAUCUCGAUGUCCCCAGACUUCAUCUUCUUUUCAGGUAAAGAGCUAUCCACUGGAUUUUUCGCUUUCAUUUACUCGUUUUGUUGAAUUAUGGGACUGGUUAUUUUCUGGACUGAUUGGAUCCGAAACUACCUUUGUCGUAUUUCCAAAUUACGACCCCAGCAAUGGUCUAGAAGUUCAACAUGAAAGCUAUGUUUCAACGAAUGCCAACCUCAAACCAUUCCCCCUUUCACACUUAGCUUCGAACAGAAUCCACUGCGCUGUGUUUCGAUCAGAUCAUGAGUGCUCUCGUGAAAAACUAGUUCCGUCCGAAAACUCUUCUCUAAAUUCAUUCCUUAAUGGAUUUUCUGAUUUAAUUUCUUUUCGCGAUACCAAAUUUGACAUUGAUGUCACAUUUGUAUAUUCUCCUUCUUCUCUAACCCUACGAUGGGAUUGCCAGAGAUUUUCCUCAGAAAUUGCAGAUUAUAUUUUUAAAAUGAUCCGUCACAAUGGAAAAAACGAAAGUUUACCUUUGUCUGUAUUAAACACGGAUCCUAUCGAUUACGUAGGGUCGAAAGACUUUAACGAAAGAACCGGGAACUCUGACCAUUAUUUACAUGGGUGCUUCUAUCGCAAUGUACUUUCGAACCCGAAUCAAGAAGCCUUGAACUUCGUUUACUCCCAUAAUGAUACUUCUUCUAAUUUUACAUCUUUUACUUUUCAAGAGCUUCAUUCUUUUGCACUAACGAUUUCAAAAUCCAUACCUUUUCAGAAUAAAGUGGUUCCUAUCAUGAUUCCUCAUUCUCCAAGUCUUUUUGUUGCUAUCUUGGCCGUCCUGUUUAGCUCAAAUGCUUAUUGUCCCAUAGAUGUGGAAACAAAUUCAGAUCGAGUUCAGUUUAUAUGCAAAGAUACUAGUGCAAGUUUGGCAAUUGCUGAGCCAUCACUUGCAGAAAGGUUUCCUAAUUCUGUAGAGCUGUUGCAGUUUUCCAAUCAGAGUCUUCACAAUCUUAAUAGGGUUCAUUCUUCGCCAUCCAUUAGCUUUAAUUCUUCUCCCGACUCUAUCGCAUAUGUAUUGUAUACAUCUGGAUCUACGGGAACUCCAAAAGGUGUUCCAAUCACUCAUAGAUCAGCAGUCAACUCUAUAUAUUCUCACUCCUUUUUAUAUCCAAAGUUUGGAAUAUCUCGUGGUGAUAGAUGGCUGCAAUUUGCAAAUGUAACUUUCGAUGUUUCGGUUUAUGAGAUCUUUGGUAAUUGGAACAUGGGACUUUCCUUAGUUACUUCUACCAGGCAAAAUCUUGUCGGAUGUCUAGAAUUUUUAAUUCACGAUUUUGGAAUAGCUGCACUAGAGUUAACACCAACAGUUGCGAACGUAAUUUCCGUAGAAGAAAAUUUCCCUUUACUAAAGAAUGUUCGCAUGCUGCUGUCCAUUGGAGAGCUUCUAACAAAACGUGUAAUCGAUUUUUGGGACGAUCGACUUGUAAAUGCAUAUGGGCCUACAGAGGCGGCCAUACAUGUUACACUCAAUCCUUCUAAAAAAUACACUUCUGUUUAUUUAGUCGGUACCCCUCUAGCAGCUGCAAUGCUUUGCAUAUGUAAUACGAAAUCUGACACUCCAAGUUAUCCUAUCUUAGAGGAUGGGUUUCUUGGUGAAGUUUGUAUCGCUGGUCCUCAGCUUUCCCGAGGUUAUUUGAACCGAGAGGAGUUGAAUGCAAAGGCAUUUACUACCGCCUUUGAUCGCAAUGGUCGUUCUUUUUCCAUAUAUAGAACAGGUGAUUGUGGUCGAAUUAUAAAUGGUCGCCUUUACAUUUAUGGUAGAAUAAGUGGUGAUAUGCAAGUCAAGAUAAGGGGAAGAAGAGUUGAAUUAGGUGAGAUUGAAUCCAAACUGGCCCCUGCUGCUCAAUCUUUAGCCGUCGAAAAAAUUGACGAGCGUCUGGUUGCCUUUUUUGUUGGAAAUGAAACGGAUGUCAAGAAUCAAGCUGAAGUAAACCUACAGGCUUGGAUGAGGCCCACUGAUUAUGUUUCUGUUGAAACCUUGCCUUAUCUUCCUAGCGGUAAGAUGAAUCGUAAAGCUUUAAAAGCCCAAUUUUCUACGCAACCUGCAAAAGAAGAAAACUCUACUUUGGCAAACCAAAGCGAAGAAAUAACUGCAACAGUCGUAAAGGAUCAUUACUAUCACAAGUUCCACGAAUAUCCGAAGGUCAAUCGGUUUACCUCUAUUUUCGAACUAGGCUAUGAUUCCUUAGAUGCAGUCCAGUUAUCACGAGCUUUCUUUAAACUUGGCUACAAGGUAUCGUUGUCAAAGUUACUUUCAUCACACAUUAUAGAAAGUAUUGCCAAAGAGUUACUUCCGAUUACUAGUUACAAUGAUAAGGACACCAUACAAACUGAGUCGAGGAUUUGUACUGAUCUUCAAAAAGGAAUGCUUUACGAAUCACUAAUAAAGAACGGAAAAGUAUAUGUAAACCAUGAUGUAUUGAAAAUUGAUGCUUCUGUCAUUGACCUUGAAAAGGCUUGGUGCCAAGUAUUAGAAUCACACUCAUUAUUAAGAAGCUCAUUUCAUUUGGAUGACAAGGAAGGAUUCAUUCGUCAUAUCAAUCAAGGGGCUUCACCACGCCGUGUACAUUCCGAACAUCCGUUUACUCAGGCUCAAAAACAUUAUGAGAACUUUCGUUUCACUGAGGAGUUUCUUAGAAGUGGACCAUUAGAUGUUUUAAUAUCACAUAAUUCAAAUGAAUGUUGUUUAAGCAUUAUAUGGCACCACGCGUUGUAUGACGGUUGGUCCUUGGACGUCAUAAAACAGCAGCUUGACUUGUUGUUAAAAAAGCAAUCAUUGCCUAAUUACUCUCAGUUUGAUGAAUACGUACAUGAACUGCGUCUUACUAAACAACAAACUAUGAAAGAAACUGUGCCCUUUUGGAAAGAAUAUCUGAAAGACUUCAAGUUGACGAGUUUUAAGCAACACUCUUUAAGUUUUUCUUCUGUCUGGGAAGCAACUAAGCUCAAAGCUCUUCAUAUAGAUGAUUUCUGUAAAUCAUUACGCAUAACGCCUUUAGCUUUAUUGCUAACAGCAUGGUCUACAGUAAUUUCCAAGCAUACCGAAAGUUUAGACACGUUAAUUGGCACCGUUAUAUCCGGAAGAAUGAACAAUUCAAUUGAAAAUAUUGAUUACAUAGUUGGUCCUUGCAUGCGAACCCUUCCUGUUAGGAUUAAACUGUCCGAACAACAUUCGUACCAGCAGAAUUGUAAAAGGACAUUAUCAAGCUUAACUUCAAUUCUAGAUUACACUUCCAUUUCUUUGGCUGAUAUUCAAGAGUUUUACGGAAACUCAGUACAGUUGAACAGUUUGCUAAUUCUACAGCAAUCGGCUCUUUCCCUCAGUGACGACCAUGUUACAUCCGUUUCCUCUACUAAUAAUACUGAAUAUCCACUUUUAGUUGAAGUGGACAAAAAUGAACAUUACCAGCUAAAGAUUAUGGGCAAGUUCGAGGGUGAAUAUCUGAAAAUGUUGAUGCACGACUUUCAGAACAGCAUCAAUAAAAUCAUCAUGCAUGCUGACGCUUUAUUUACUUUUCAUCGUGCUUCAAGCAACCUGGAUAACUCAACUCAUAAUGUUAACGUUCUUGAUAACUUUGAUGAUGUAUAUGAAAAUGAAGAUUUAAUAAGAUCUAGUGUAUCAAAACUUUUAAAUACGUCGUUACACUCUGUGGAUCGUUUUGAAAAUCUACAGCUAUACGGGCUUGACUCGUUGAUGUUAUUACGUGUCUUCUCCGAUUUACGGAAACGAGGAAUUCAAAAUCUAAACUAUUCGCAAAUCGGAUCAUACCCUUCAAUCAGUACACUUUGUCGAAUGGUUCAAGCAGGAAAGCCUUCUUCUAAUAAGCGGAAGAAACCAUUGGUAUUUUACAAUUCGGAGGAGUUACAUGAUUCUUUGAAAUGUAAUCCGAAUAUUGAGGAUAUAUUUCCUUGUUCCCCAAUGCAACAAGCAUUACUCACUAGCACGGAAAAAAAUGGAAUGCAUUUUUAUUACAAUAAGUUCCUCUUUGAUAUUGGUGACCAAUCGUUUCCGAUUGUGUUAGAAAUUUUUGAAAAGUUAACGCGAGCAUUUCCAAUUCUCAGAACCUGCUUUUAUUUAACAAGCUCCUCAAAAUAUCCUUAUUGUCAAGUGGUGCUAGCCAAUUCUAAUUUUGCUUAUGAAGAAGCUUCUUAUUUGGAUAAUUGCCUAGCUUCUUACGAUGUAAAACCCGUUCCGGUUGUAGAUUCUGGGAAAGUUCCUUUGCGCCUUCAAUACUUGCAUGGUUCUGAAACGAACUACCUCUUGGUUUAUAUGCAUCACGUGUUAUAUGAUGCAUGGAGUUUCAAAAUCAUUUUUCAGAAGCUGACCAAACUGUUCAGAGGAGAAGAAUUACCUCUCUCACUUUCUAUGCGACCGUAUAUUGAAUAUUUAAGUUUAAUAAAUGACGAAGAGAAGAUGGUUACCUGGAAGCGCAUUUAUAAUGACUUUCAGCCCAUUCAUUUCCCGUGCGGUAUGACCUCUGAUAAAAAACAAAGUUAUGUUCAGCGAAUGCCUCUUGAUUACUUAAAAUUAAGAGAUCUAUGCUCUCAUAAUUCGGUUACCACUUCUUCUUUCUUGCAAGUAUGUUGGGCGAGGACGCUUUCAUUGAUCACUAGCAGUAACGAUGUCUGUUUUGGUAAUGUCGUGAGUGGACGCAAUAUUCCAGUAGAUGGCGUGGAUAGCCUGGCUGGACCUACCUUUAAUUCUGUUCCUUUGAGAGUAUCCUUUUCCGAUGAUUAUAACCAAUUUAAGCCGAUGCAACAACUUGAAUUGUUAAAGAAGCUGACCAAAAACUUAGAGCUAAAUUCAUCAAUUGAUGUAAGUAAGUUACUGGGAUUUUCCCCAAAAACGCCAAUGUUCGACACAAUAUUUAUCAUACAAAACGGUUCUCUUGAUGCUGAUUUCGGGAAUUGGAAGCUAGUUGAAGAAGAAUUGCAAAUGGAUUUCCAUUAUAUGUUGGAGUUAUAUCCAGACGAGGAGGAUCAAUACCUUUCAGUUAUGGCGACUGCAGAUUGCCGUGUUGUUCAGCACGUUUGUGAUCUCUUUAUGAACAUUGUAAACUUCUACCUUGAUGAAAGCAUUAAGGAUACGCUUGGGAGUUACUUACGUUCAAAGAACCUUCUUUCCGUACAUGAAGCAGAGGAUAUUAUUGAGUCUCAACCAUCAACUACUCUUCAAAUCAGCAUGUCUUAUGCUGAUUUGGAUUUCUUGUCCAACCGAUGGGCAGACUGGUUAGUAGCUAAGGGGCUCACGCCAAAUAAUACUGUAGUCUCGUACAUGGAAAAAUCAUUCGACCAUUACUGUGUUAUGCUUGCUUGCAUUAAACUAGGAGUGAAUUUUUCUCCAGUUAGCACGUCUUUAAGUUAUAAUAAGUUUUGCAAAUAUGUGCGAAAUAUGAAUGCGGAUUUUUUUAUAUCUGAUAUGGCAAUUGAUUCAAAUGAUGCCGUACGUUUGAGCGUGUUUGAUUUUAGAAGCCAACUAUCUUUUAGAAGUAACGCUCAUUUACCUACUGUUAGCAAUUACAAUAUGCGUUUUCUUUUUCCCAUCGAGGAUACGGAAAUGAACGCUAUAUCAAUUGAUCAUCGUUUGUUGCUCCAAGCAAUUUUAGAUUUUUCCGGUGCAAUCAAAGUAGACGAAAGAUGUCUAUGGCUUCAAUUUGCUUCUAAUUCUAACACUAUGCAGUUGUUUGAUUGUUUUGCAGUUUGGAUGAAAGGCGCAACCUUAGUGACCGCUUCCCAGGAUACCCUUACUACUAAUUUUUCACACAUAAUUGAGAGGCAUAAUGUAACUCAUCUCAAUCUAAAUUCGUUAUCGGCGUCAAAACUGACUGAAAACGAGAGUCAGUCUGUAAAAUUGCUAAUAUCAUACGGAGGGAAGUUGUCGCCCAAAGUAAUGGAACAGUGGAACGGAAGACAUGUAAGGGUUUAUCAACCGAAGAAUAUAAACUUUCCAUGCUUUGUAAAUAUGGAUUUCUCAAACAACAACUGGGAUAUACUUGGUAAAAUGAUAGGUUGUUUCAACGGUCUAGUUGUGUAUCCUGGCACGAAUAAUAUAGUUCCCAAAUGUGGUUUCGGUCAGCUUUGCCUAGCUGUGAAAGCAGGCUUAUUUAACAUGCCCAAUCUAAAUAACUCUGUUCAUCAAGUGAAUAGGGAAUAUUCCAAUAUCUGUACAGAUGUCAUCGUGCGGUUGCUGCCUGAGUCUAGCUUCCAGCUUAAAGGACUAAUACAAGUGAAUGAAAGCAAUAAGUGGGAAGACCUUAUUCUUCAAAACAUUCCCGAGGUGAGGCAGGCGUAUUCAAUUCUUACUAAGAUGCAAUCUUCAAUUACUUUCUUAAUGGUUAAUACGAAAACGGAAAAUUUAAAAGAUCUAAAAGAUCAGUUUAAUCAUCUAUUUAGCAAUCAUCUAUUUGAACACUUGCCGAAUAUUCUAGUCCUACUUGAGGAUAUACCUUUAGACAGCAAUGAAAGAGUUGAUGAACAUGCUUUAUUUGAGAUGUAUGAGAAAGGACAAUUUAUUGAUAAAUUGUAUCUUUCUGACUUACUUCAAAAAAGCAAUACGUCUUCCUUCGAUAAUGCGGUUAUAUCUUUGUUUUCAAAGUUUUUCAAACUUCCUUUUGAGGCUAUUAAAAUGGAAUCGGAGGUUUCCACUCUUGGACUUGAUUCUUUAAGUGCGAUUCAACUAUCGAGGAUCAUAAGGAAACAGUACAGGGCUAAAAUAUCUGCCUUAGACCUUUUGGAGAGUUUUACGCUGUCUGACCUAUCACAGAAACUACAAAGCAGCAUCGAACGGCUGCAACCAAAUGAAGAUAAUGAAAUGGUUAACAGGUUGUUUAUGGACAUAAAAGAAAAGACGAAGCCCUACUUACACAAUCUUUCUAAUAUCAGGUGUAUUUUACCAUGUGUCGAUUCUCAAAAUUCAUUGCUGAGCCAAUUCUAUUCAACUAAAGGGAAAACAAAUCUGAAUUAUUUUGUGUAUAGGAUUAAGGAUGAUAUUACCUUCAAAGAAUUAUCUAAGCGAUGGGAAAUAGCCAUUAUGAAGAUUACAAUGUUGCGCACAUAUUUUGCACCUACCAAUAAUCCGCAAAGUGCAUUUGCUCAGGUUACGCUUGAAAAUAUUAAUCCUCCAUGGCUCUUACGAGAGCAGACUAUUGAUGUAAAUAAGGCUGUGUCACUAGCCCUUGAAGAUCUAAAACAGACUUUAUUAUUAGAUAUUAAAACUAUUCCCUAUUCUUUGUCUUUUGUCAAGACAGAGCAAAAUUAUAAUUAUUUUAUCUUGGUCAUGCAUCAUGCUAUCUUCGACGAGCGAUCUUUGAAUCAAACUCUGAGGAUUGUCGAUAAUGCUUUGGAAACAAAAAUCCAUCUUCCCUCUCAUGAAGCAAUCACUAAAAAGAUCCUUGGUUACAAACUACGUUCAGGUGAAAGCAAGGACUUUUGGAUAAGCCAAUUGGACGGUUUUACUCCAAUAUCGUUUCCGAAUCUAUGUACCAAUCGCCAUUCUGGUGAUGCUAGGUCUAUGUCUUCUAAACUUUCUUCAAUUAAUCUCUUCAAAUUCAAAGAAAUAUGUGGAAAGCUUAACAUUAGUAUUCAGACGCUAGCUCAACUUGCUUGGGCCAAGCUUCUUGGCUCUUAUUGCUCUGAAGAUUGUGUAACGUUUGGGUUGAUUCUUUCUGGACAAACACUUACAGUAGAUGAAACGGAUGCUAUAUUCCCUACGUUAACGACUAUACCCUACUCAGUAGAGCUUUCUGGUACUGUAUAUAGUCUGUUGAAAGAUAUACAGGAAAGAAAUAAGGGAUUUUUAAAAUACCAGUACACUCCGUUAUCUCAUAUAAAAAGGUGGCUUAAUCUGGGUGGUAAUGAAACGUAUUUCGACUCGCUUCUGUCUGUCCAAGUACAAGACGACGAUACACCUUUAGGAAUAUUUUCGGAUGAAAUUGAUAGUCAGUCUUUUUUGGAUAACACUCUUGCUAUUGAGUUACGAGUAUUGUCCUCAGGUUCUCUGAUUGUAUUAAACUCGCUCGACAGAAGUAUCCCUAAACAACAUGCCCAAAUAAUUGUAGAGCAAUUCGACUUGUUAUUGAAUUCGAUGAUCAGCCAUUUAGAUGAAAAUGUGGAAACUCUCGAACGGUUCUUGCCUACAACUGUUCUUUCCGUUUUACCUACUGAAGUUCAAGAUUAUCCAUGUGAGAUUAAGCUUUUACAUGAAUUUGUCGAAUAUUUUGCUCAUAAGUCGCCUUCAAACCUCGCCUUGGAGUUUGCCAGUCAAAUUCAUAUAAAUGAUUACAGCUCAACGAAGUUUACUUACCACGAGCUUAAUUGCAGGGCUAAUCAGCUUGCACGCACUCUAAAAGCAUUUAAAUUCGACGUCGGAACUAUAAUUUCCGUUUAUUUUGAUAAAUGUAUUGAGGCUUUUAUUGCUAUAUUGGCAAUCCUUAAAGUAGGUUGCUGUUUCUUAGCACUUGACGUUACAGCUCCUUUGGAACGAAUUAAGUUUAUCGUGGAAGACUCGUCAUCUGGUAUUAUUAUUUCUUCCAAGGAUCAACUGGAAAAACUUCAAGCCGGAAAUUUACCAGUCAAAAUACUUAAUGCCAGUGAUCCUGACGUUUACGAUCUAAAUAACGAAAACUUGAUUAUUGACAAUUUAAGCGAAAAUAAUCUAGCUUAUGUUCUAUAUACUUCGGGAAGUACCGGAAAACCUAAAGGAUGCUGUUUAACCCACAAAAAUGUGGUUCAAACCAUGAUGGCAUUUCAACGUCAAUUUUUAGGACAAUGGAAUCCUAGCUCACGAUUUCUUUCAUUCGCGUCUUUGCAUUUUGACGUAAGUGUCCUCGAGCAGUACUUUAGCUGGAGUACUGGUAUGUGCCUUGUAGCAGCUCCCAAAAACUUAAUUCUACAAGAUAUUCCAACUGCUGUUCGCGUAUUAAAGAUUACUCAUAUUGACUUAACGCCCUCCUUAGCGUCAAUUUUAAAUCCUGAGAAUGCACCUUAUCUCCAAGUAUUCAUUACCGGUGGUGAGCAAAUUAGACCGGAAGUGAUGGAAAUUUGGGGUGAUACGGGAGUACUUUAUAACUUCUGGGGGCCAACUGAACUUACAAUUGGAGCAAGCGCUUACCGUAAGUUACCAAAAAAUGCUAGGACCUCAAAUAUUGGACCACCUUUCCCUAAUUGCAGUACCUACAUUAUAUCUCGGAAAACCAAUUUGCCGGUAUUAUUAGGUGGCCUUGGCGAAAUAUGCAUGGGCGGUAAUCAAGUGGCUCGAGGAUAUUUAAAUAUGCCAAAGCAAACUGAAGAAAAGUUCCGUUUGUACGAUAACUUUAAUGACAGAAUAUAUUAUACUGGUGAUCUGGGACGCUUGUUGAGUGAUGAAUCCUUGGAUUUUUGUGGAAGAGCUGAUGAUCAGAUAAAAUUGCGAGGUCAAAGGAUAGAAAUAGGAGAAAUCAAUUCUGUACUUAAAGCUUCUUCUGAAAGAAUCCUUGAUGCUUACACUUUUGCUUUGGAUCAUCGUGCACUCCAUAAGACUCAAUUAGUUUCUUUUGUUCAUAUAAGAGGAAAAAAAACUACUUCUUUAUUUGAUUUGGAUGAAGGUUCUAUGAAAAUCAUACAAAUAAUCGAUGAAUAUUGCAGAUCUCACCUUGCUACGUACAUGGUUCCUACAUUUCUUAUCCCAAUCAACUGGGUUCCUCUUACGCCUACUAAUAAAUUUGACAAAAAGAAGGUGGUUGAAGAGUUUCAUAAGCUUACUCAGAAUCAGCUUUCCAAACUUUAUCAGAACAAGAAACCCCAGAACUCUGAAGAAGAAACUUGCGAUCCUAAGGUUUUGCAAUCAAUCGCUAAGUUUUUGAACUUGAAUACAUCAGAUGUCAAGCCUUCUACAUCAAUUUUUGAACUCGGGAUAGACUCUAUAUCUGCUGUUUCGCUUGCAUCUACGUUGAGGGAAAAUGGAUAUCUUUCAGCUUCUCCAGUCCAAUUGUUAAAUGCCGUUAGCAUAUCGAAAAUUAGUAAAGCCCUUACUAAUAACGUAUCCAACAAAAAGGUUGGUGAUUUUCCUACUAAAAUCAAAUCCUAUCAAGGAUUUGAAUAUGGUAAAUUCGCUGAAACGAUCAUUCCCUGUCUACCACUCGUUGAAGGCUUAUUAUUUGAACUCGAAAGAGUUGACAGAAGCUUAUACUUUAAUACUUUUACGUUUAAAUUCCGUUACAAAGAAGAAGCUAUAUCAUUUAUAGACGCGCUUAAGGUUGUUACAAAUAAGUGCGAGGUUCUGAGAUCUUCUUUUAUCAAAUCCGAAGAGGGUUACUUUCAGAUAAUAUGGAAACCAGAAUUACUUGAUAAGGUUGGUCAACUCAAUGUAAAUAACUGCGUUUCUCCCGUGAAUACAUUUACGAAGUAUACGAAGGGAAAUUAUCAUGUCAUUUUAGAAUUGUUCCAUGGUGUUUAUGACGGAUGGUCUUUAGACCUUCUUCUAAAUGAUCUUGCUAAAAUCAUUCAAAGCGGUGAGUUAUCUGAGCGUCCUUCAUAUUCUUCAGCUGUCGUAGAAAUAUUAAAGCAAAGCUUAGACUUAGAUCAUACUUCAUUUUGGUCAAAGCUCUUCAGAAACAGGGUUAGUCGACUCCCUCAGUUCAGUGGAGAAUUACCUGAACCAAUGAUUUUUUCGCGUACAAUAUCUCUGUCUUACCUAAGACUGAAAAGUAUUUGCAGAUCUUCGUUUAAAACAUCAGUGUCAAGUAUUUUCCUAACAGCUUGGCUAUGUUUUCUUAACAGUCAUUUUCUCAUUAAUACUAUUGGAAUUGUCGCUUCUGGUCGCUCAAAUCAUAUAUGUCACUUGGACGUAAUAGGUCCAUUGUUUAAUACCCUUCCUUUUCCUUUUUUCGUUGAGAGCGAAGUGUCUUUCCAAGAGCUCGUCAAUUCUACACAAUCCGUAUUGUCUUCUAUGAUUCCUUUUCAUCACACUCCUCUUCGAGAGCUAAAGAAGUCUCUUCAAGCGAAAGAUCUUUUCAAUGUUUUAUUUGUUUAUACACAACACGAGAAAGAUUUAUCGGACCGAAGUACUAGUUGGGAUAUGGAAGUAAAUAGCACAGGUACUGAAUUUCCAUUGGCGUUCGAGGUUGAAAAGUUGAAGGAUGACACAUUAUUAAUUAAUUUGGCUACAUCUUAUAAAUAUAUGGAAAACCUGGAAACUUCAUCUCUUUUGUCUAUGUUCGAAGACUUUUUCCUGUCAGUCAUCAACGAACCUAAGGUAGUUAUUCAACCCCAAGAAGCCACUAGUGUAAAUCAAAAAAUUUUAGUUGAGCAUGAAAUUCCCGAACAUUGGAAUCCAAUUCUACAAACGAUAAUUGAUAUAAUAUCUGAAAAAGUCAAAGUUUCCGUGGAAGAUUUCAGAAAGAACACAUAUAUAUAUGAAUUGGGUGUUGAUAGCAUUGAUCUGAUUUGGCUUUCUUCUAGGUUCUCAAAUGCUGGUUUAUCUAAGAUCGAUUUGAAUCGGUUUAUGAAUGAUCCCAGCUUGUUCAAUCUGCUUAAAUUUAUGUAUGAAGAUACAGUAACUUGCGAGCAUUUAUCAACUCUUGAUAUCGAAGAGAACGGCUCGGUGAACGAGAUGGAGACCGCGCUCAACGUUGAGGGAUUAGAGGACUGCUAUAUGACUACUCAUUUACAAAGGGGAUUGUUGAUGGAAACUCUAAAUGACUCUGCUCUUUAUCAAAACAGCGCGAUAUUUCAUGUUAAUACUUCCAUUGAUAUUGAGCGUCUGAAAGAAGCAUGGAUAACGAUGAUUAAGUGCAAUCCAAUUUUGAGAACUAAUUUUAAACUUACAGACAUCAAUGGUUCUCUUACGGUGGUACAAGCAGUUGAAGAUGCUUCAACUUUUGAUUACAACUCUCACAUUAUUAGGGAAAAUAUCUAUUUUGAUGGGCUAGAAGAUGCAAAGAAGUACCUCAAAUCGGAACGUGAUUCUCCUAACCCAUUUGAAACUUGUCCUUAUCGAAUUACUUUCAUCAAUGUUAAGGACGAUCACUACAUGCUUGUUGAAAUGCAUCACGCUUUAUAUGACGGCUGGAGUUUGUCCCUUAUGUACGAUGAGCUGCUAUGCCGUUAUAAUGGUCGAAACGUUACAAUACGUAAGCCCUUCAGAAAAUUCGUUGAGCUAGUGAAUGAUACGGAUUUCGAUUUAGAAUUCUGGACUACUUAUCUGAGGAACCUGAGUAUUACAAGACCUUUAAAGCUGCUUAAAACUGAAGGAAGGCAUAGUCGGGGAACAUAUUCUUCAGUAUCUUAUUCAAAGCUUCUAAGUGCUUCUAAGGUAUUCGGGGUCAGUGUCCAGUCUCUGAUUUUUUGUGCUUGGGGAAUCUACCUGUCACGUCUAUAUCACUCAUCUGAUAUAAUAUUUCAUACGGUCUUUUCAGGAAGAACCAAAUUUGAAGGAGCUGAUAGUAUUUUAGGACCCUGCAUGAACACUAUACCGGUUAGGGUUAAGGUGGAAGAACAGAACAAGAUGUUGAAGCAAUUAACGCGUGAGCUAAUUCAACUUUGGAACCAUCAACAUACUCCGCUUUCAUUAAUACACUCGAAAUGCCCGCUGCUUCAAAAUUUAACUGUGGACAGUAUUUUCGUGUAUCAACGUUUACCAAAGCGAGACAACGAUAGUAACGUAUUAAAAUCAAUUGAUGAAUCGACAGGUAUCAAUUAUCCUAUCGCAAUGGAAUUCACGAAUACGGAGUCCCAACUGGAGUGGUUUGCUUCAGUAGAUACUUCUUAUGUUCCAUAUCAAGAAGCUGAAAAGAUGGUUGAUCAAGUCGAUGAGAUCUUAAAUCAUAUCGUAAAUGGAAAAUUAGCCGCAGACACACCUAAGCUUCCAGAUGUACUUUCUUUUCGCGGUUAUAAAAUAAGCUAUACCGAUUACAGGGAAGCUUUAUUAGAUGCUAACUCUUCAAAUGAAGGAUGUCGUUUAGUAUUGCUCGACGAUCAAACCUCUUUACUGUUCGUUCCCUUUGGUGAAGCUUCUAACCAGAUUUCUUUGCUCUUAACUGAUUCUAUGAAAAGAUCUUUAAAGAAGAUUGCGAAGAACUGUCGAACAAAGCUUCCACUUUUCCUUAUGCCAAGCUUUUUGAUACCUGUUACAGGCAUUCCGAAAUUACCAGAAGAAAAGGUGCAAACUGAGCUUGUUGAAUUGUUUAAUUCCCUUUCUGAGGAAGAUAUCGGCUCUUUGAAAGGCAUUUUUGAACUUCAUGAUGCACGACUUGAAUCAGUACUGACGCAAAAUCUAUCUUCAGUGCUCAAUAUCCCUAAACAAUUUAUUAAUCGUUCGGCGACAUUUAUGGAAUCAGGAAUGGACUCUGUACAUGCUAUUAAAUAUAGUUCGCUAUUAAGAAACAGCGGAAUUCCAGUAACUGUUCCAAAUAUACUUCAAAACCCUUCGGUUGAAUUCCUUGCUCAUUAUAUUUUGUUUGAGUUGGAAGAUUUUACUAAUGAAGAUACCGUAAUGGAUUUUAGUAACUUAUAUGACUUGGUUUCGGAAAAUUCUUCUAUUUCGAAAACCGAUGUCGCUGACGUCUUACCUUGCUCUCCUGGUCAGCUAUAUGCUUUAAAUGCUUGGUAUAAUACAAGGAAGCUGAAGUAUUUUACGACUUUCCUUUAUCUUACUGAUAGGAUAGUACAAAUUGAACGGCUCAAAGCUGCAUGGCUAAAACUUGUCAAGAGCGCAGAUAUUCUUCGAACUACGUUUGUUAAGUCAAGCGAUAAAAAUAUUCAAAUAUUGCAGGUUUUGACACAUGACGGUAACGUACCUUGGCAGCAUCAUAUAGAAACCCAGAAGAAUAUCGAAACGACGUCGUUAGCAAUUACUGAGGAGGAAAUAUCCUCAAACACCACUUUUCAUGAGAUGCCGUUACGAAUCAAGUCAGUUGAGGUUGAAGGAAAGUUAUUACUGUGUAUAAGUAUUCACCAUGCAUUAUACGAUGGCUGGAGUAUUAAUAUUUUGCUCGAACGUUUGUCACAGCUUUACGAUGAUCCGGAUUUAGAACUAUCUGAUGAAGAUUCUAAAUCAAUCGUAUCUGCUAUGUACAGCUCAAACACUGCUGCCGCUACAAAGCGCUUUUGGAGUGAUCACCUGGUUGAUUGUCAACCUUGUGUUUUACCAAAGGAACUAGGUGAUUCAUCUAAUGAAGAUAUUUAUUUAUAUCUUCCCAGUGUGUUUGAUGCUAAUUCUCUAUCCAAAAAAGCCCAGUCAAUGAACGUUAGUUUACAGAGCAUCGCGUUUGCUGCUUUUGCAUGCGUCUUGAAUAGGUGGACUAAACAAAGUAACUUGACAUUUGGUGUAUAUGUAUCUGGAAGGUCCUUGAAUAUUCCAAAUGCAGAAUCUGUGUUAUACCCGCUGUUUAAUGUUAUACCUCUGAAUAUCCAUAUGGGUAUUAGUUCACGUUCGACGCUUGUAAAGGAAAUUCAGCAUUUCAUUAUUCAGACGUCUGGAACUGUACAGCAGUUUAGCGUUAAGGACCACCCCAAGCAUGGAUUGGUUGAUAUAACAAUCAACUUUUUGUCCGGAACUAGAGCUUCGGAAUCCAGUAUGUUUACUCAGUAUCAUUUGAAGACGAAGCCGCAUCUCAAUAAGUCCUGCAGGAUCGCUGAAAGCACUAUAGAUGGUUGCGAAGUUUUGAAUAGUACUGCACCUAAACUGGAUUUUGAACUGGCUGUUCGUGACGGAAGGUUAGAUAUGGGAAUAUUCACCCAUUCCUCCAUUAUGUCAGAGAACAAUUCGAAAAAGUUUGUUACAGAAUUUCUUACAGCGCUAGAAUAUUUUUAGAUAAUAGAUAACGAAAAAUCAAUGAUAAUAUUAAUUUAUGGUUAACACUUCGACUAAACAAGCACAAGAAUAGCAUACUAAGAG